CUCUGACUUCGGGCUUUGGCGAAUGCAAUAAUCCGAGUUUGAAGGAGACGAUUGGCUUGUGAUUGGCCAUAGAAGUGGGACUCACUAGCGUCGCCCCCACCGUGAUGAUCAGCGCAGCGCGUCUGGAUUUUGGCGGCACAAUGGAAGCAGGCUUGGCAGGACCUGGUCGUGAAUUUUCAUAGCCAUCAAUUCAUUCCUGAAUGCGAGCUGCGUCGAGCUCCGGCAACUCGAGACUCACCAACAACAUUGCCGAACGACGAAGACAGUUUUGCCACGACGCCAUACCACAGAUAUCGUAUACUGCAAGGGUGUACCUAUCAAGAUUCAAUUGUGUCAGACUGAAAGAAGACACCAGCAGAGUUUGCCGAUAUGGCUUACAAUCCUUACGGCAGACCACAAUAUGGCGCGCCUCCCAACUAUCCACCGUUUCCAGGCGCCGGUGCAGGACCGCCUGGGAUGGCCCCUCCUCCAGGUCUAGGCCCGCCACCAGGCAUGUCCUCCGCCCCUGGUAUGGCCCCCCCUCCGGGUGUCCAACAGCUCCAUCAAAGUAAUCCCAUCCAGGCUAAUCGACCAGCCGGCGUUCCCCCUUCAUUCCAGCCACCCGCCAAUCUCCCGAACAUCAAUUUCAACGCUCCCGUGAUCCGACUCGGCUCUACGACGUCCUCACUACCGAAUAAACCAGGUGGCGGUCCGCCUACCGGUCCCGCCGGUCCACCAGGAAGCCACCACCGACGAGGGGAGCCCGAGACGCCGGCAUCCGAGCGAGCAGAACGCGAUGGGGAUAGGGACCGUGCACGGGGCGGCGGCAGGCAAGGGUUUGGUCACGAUCGCGGUCUCGAGCAGGCGAGGCAGAAUCUGCGGGAGAGCAUACAUAACUUGAUGCAGCCGACGCCGGAAGAGAAGCUCAGAACUCUGUUUGUGCACAAAGUGCCGGCUGGAGUUGGCGGCGAGGCGGGUCUGCAGAGGAUACUCAAUGCCGCGGGGAAACUGCGGCGGUGGGACUCGGCCAAAUCGCAACUAUCCGAGAACAAGGACCAGGUCUUUGGGUUUGCUCAAUACGAUGAUGCCGACUCUCUCAUGACCGCUGUCGCGCUUUUGAAGGAUCUCCACGUCCCGAAAGAGAAGCAGGAACCCGGCGAGGCGAAAGAUGGUGCUGAACAGAAGACAGAGUCCGCACCAGCCAAGUCAGAAACAGAACCUGCCGAGGAGGAUGGGGAGAAGAAGGAGGAGAAUGUUGAUGAUGGCCCCUACAAAGGUAUUGAAAAGGUGAAGCUUGCUGUGGUCGUCGACGAAGCUACUAUGAAGUAUAUUGAGCACUACAAGGAAGACAGAGGUGACGACUUUGAAGCCGAGGCGAAGAAUAGGCUUGCAGCAGCCGAAGGAAAGCUAAAGGAGGUCCUGGAUGACAUGUUUCUCCCCAAGCAAAAGACCACAAAAGACGGAGACGGCGACGUCACAAUGGGCGAAACCGCACAGGGAGACGUCGAGGUCAUCAACAUACCUCUGGCUCAAGAAGACGAGCUGGCAGAAAUUCCAGCCGAGAUGAGAGAAAUUGUGGCAGCCGAAAUCGCCGCCUUUCGAGAACGAAGUAACCAGAGAGACCAGGAGCGACUGCGGAAAGAGGAGGAAAUGGAGGAGGCGGAGCGCAUACGUAGCGGUAGGGCUCUGCGGGCACAGCGUGGUAUGGAGUCGCCACCAUCAGAUUCACGCGUCCCCAACGCACCCUCAGGGCCCAGGGGACAAAAUGGUACCGCGAGGGGAGGUGGCUCCAAUUCUGUCAACUUUGUCAACGGCGGCGCCAUUAACGGAGAUGGUCAAUACUGGCGAGACGACGACACUGAUGCAUCAGACGAGGAGUUGCACCGACGUGAAGUGUCGAAGCAAAAAGCUGAAGACGAUAAGCUCUAUUUGGAGGCGGAGCGCAAGUGGGCGAACCGUGAGAGGGCACGACAAGCUGCAUUGGACCGAGAGCAAGAGCGUGAUCGCGCGGAUGUGGAGAACGCGGCGCGGCGCAAAGCUGAUCAGCUUGAGAGGGAUCGCUCGCUCGCCGAGGACGAAGCUAGCGGGAAACACAAGAGCAGUCACCUUUACUACCGCGACAGGGGUGCUUGGGCAAGGCGUCGGGCGCACGUGUUGGCCGAGGAGAGGGCGCGAGACGAUGCAGACCGACGGGCGGAGGCGGACGAAAAACGGCGCGAGGAGGCCCAGAUGGAGCGUGCCCGGGGUAUGGCCGACUCUUUCCUGGAGCAGCAGGAGCGCGAAAUGGACAUCCGGCAACCGGAGGAGGCAGCACCAGCUGCAGCGCCGCAGCGUUUCACCAUCUCUCUCGGUGCAGCAGCACAAAAGGCUCAAACGACGCGGGCUCCGGCAACAAGGCGGACAUUUGCAGACGUCGAGGGUCUGCUGGACGACGAGGAGCAGGAGGGCAAGACGCGCAAGCUGGUGCCUAUCAAGUUCGAGCCACUGUCUGCUGGUCAAACGAUGACAGAGGAGGAGGUACAGAAGGCGGUCCGGGCUUUGGCACAAGAGAUCCCAACAGAGAAGGAGGGCCUAUGGGCGUGGGAUGUCAAGUGGGAUUACAUGGAGGAGUCAAUAAUCCAGGAGAAACUUCGGCCAUUCGUGGAGAAGAAGGUGGUCGAGUACCUGGGCGUGCAGGAGGAGAUCCUGGUCAACGUUGUGGUGGACCACCUGCGCAAGCACAGCAAGCCGCAGGAGCUGGUCGAGGAACUCGAGGGUCCGCUGGACGAGGACGGAGAGGAUCUGAUCAAGAAGCUUUGGCGUAUGGUCAUUUUCUUCACGGAAAGCGAGAAGCGCGGAUUACCGGCUUAGGGUCCUGGAGACGCGUGACAGUUAUUGUCGUUUGAUAUUGGGCAAAUAUGGGAUACUAAUAUCAUUUGGAGUAACGGUGCUUGUUCGAUAAUCAUGCUGAAAAGAUCUGGUUUCGGGGGGGCUCAGAUUACCCGCAACCACCAUGUAUGUGUAUACUUGUACCCUAGCUUAUAAGCUUCAUAAUGGCCGUUCACCUCACACCACAGGCCAGCCUAAACAGCUUAACCUAGGUCGAUACGAACACAACUAUAGACCAACCAAAC